AUGGAGGAGCUUCUGGAAAGGGAAAGAAAGGCCAGAGUCAAGAAUGACUAUGAAAUGCUUUUGAAGAUAUUUGAGGAGCUGAUGAGCCUGUGCAAGUCUGACGAGGAGCUUGGGUGUCUUGUCCGGGUCCUUACGAUAAAGAGGGGCCAAAACAGAGCGGCGAUCAAGUGGAUGAUCUGGCAGCUGUUUGAGAGGAAGAAGGGAGAGGAGGGCUUUGUAGAGUUUUUCUCUCAGAUCUUGAAGGAUGUCAUUGAGGGGAGGAUCUUUCUUGAGGAUGAAAGGAUAUACAUAACAGAGGAGCUCAAGAGGAGAUAUGAGCUGUGCGGGGAUGUGAGGAGUGCGCUGGAUGUGGUCAUAAACGUCCCUGUUGAGACAUUUACCAUGGUCAAGGAGAGUGUUGUGGUCAACUACCAGCUUGAGCAGCUAAGGCUCUGCGUGAGCAACCUUGACUGGAUAAGGGCCGACAUAACCAUGAAGAAGAUCAGGAAGAAGUAUUUUGAAGAGAAUGACGCCGCCGAAGAGAAGAUCAAGUUUUACGAGCUUGUUGUUCAACUCCACCUUGGGCAAAGGAAGUAUUUCAAUGCAUCUGAUGUUUACCAUUCCCUUAGCACUCUUGGGGAGAAUGCCACGGGGUAUGUUGUCCUGAGCUCAUUCUUCUGUAUUUUAACAACGUGUGAGACCGAGAUGGAAAACAUUGUGUGCAAGAAGUCUGGCAUGUUGAAGAUGCUCAGUGAGGACAAGAACAACGACGAGGUUGUCAGGUCUGUUGUGAAUAGAUUUCUAUCCAGAGUGGUUGUAGACAGGUCGACGGCUGAUGAGAUCCUGCAGGCCUUUUCCUUUGCUGUGGAUGUCUCUGUUUACUUGGAUGACCUUCUCUCUGCAAUCGACGAGCAUAACUUCAGGAUUAUUGAGAGGUUCUACUCUUCGAUCAGUGUCCAGGAGAUUUCUAUGGUGAUGCAGAGCCCUGCAGAGGAUAUCAUCAAGAAGAUUUCGUUCAUGGUCAACAACGGAUUUGCACAAUGUAAGAUUAACCAGAAGACGGGGAUUAUUGAGUUUGAAAAGAGGAAGUGGAACGAUAAUGUUGAGGAUGUAAUGGGCAAGCUGAUCAAGUGCAACCAUCUUAUACAUAAGGAGCGGCUGCGCCUCUCCAUUAAAAAAAGUUGA